AUGAUCACCGCACCUUUUUCCUCAGGCUCAAAAUUUGGCUUCCAAUGUCCCACCCGUGUAAGCUGGAACUCGUCGGGCUCGGAGGAGGAUCCGGAGACGGAGUCCGGGCCGCCCGUGGAGCGCUGCGGGGUCCUCAGCAAGUGGACAAACUAUAUUCAUGGGUGGCAGGAUCGCUGGGUAGUUUUGAAAAAUAAUACUCUGAGUUACUACAAAUCUGAAGAUGAGACAGAAUAUGGCUGCAGAGGAUCCAUCUGUCUUAGCAAGGCUGUCAUCACACCUCAUGAUUUUGAUGAAUGUCGAUUUGAUAUUAGUGUUAAUGAUAGUGUUUGGUACCUUCGUGCUCAGGAUCCGGAUCAUAGACAGCAAUGGAUAGAUGCCAUAGAACAGCACAAGACUGAAUCUGGAUAUGGCUCUGAAUCCAGCUUGCGUCGACAUGGCUCAAUGGUGUCACUGGUGUCUGGAGCAAGUGGCUAUUCUGCAACAUCCACCUCUUCGUUCAAGAAAGGCCACAGUUUACGUGAGAAAUUGGCUGAAAUGGAAACCUUUAGAGAUAUCCUAUGUAGACAAGUUGAUACUCUACAGAAAUUCUUUGAUGCCUGUGCUGAUGCUGUCUCCAAGGAUGAACUUCAAAGGGAUAAAGUGGUGGAAGAUGAUGAAGACGACUUUCCUACUACACGUUCUGAUGGAGACUUCUUGCAUAAUACCAAUGGCAACAAAGAAAAGUUAUUUCCACAUGUAGCACCAAAAGGAAUUAAUGGUAUAGACUUUAAAGGGGAAGCAAUAACUUUUAAAGCGACUACUGCUGGAAUCCUUGCAACACUUUCUCAUUGUAUUGAGCUAAUGGUUAAACGCGAGGACAGCUGGCAGAAGAGACUGGACAAGGAAGUUGAGAAGAAAAGAAGAGCAGAGGAAGCAUAUAAAAAUGCAAUGAUAGAACUUAAGAAAAAAUCUCACUUUGGAGGACCAGAUUAUGAAGAAGGCCCUAAUAGUCUGAUUAAUGAAGAAGAGUUCUUUGAUGCUGUCGAAGCUGCUCUUGACAGACAAGACAAAAUAGAAGAGCAGUCACAGAGUGAAAAGGUCAGAUUACAUUGGCCCACAUCUUUGCCAUCUGGAGAUGCCUUUUCUUCUGUGGGGACACAUAGAUUUGUCCAAAAGCCCUAUAGUCGCUCUUCCUCCAUGUCUUCCGUUGAUCUAGUCAGUGCCUCUGACGAUGUUCACAGAUUCAGCUCCCAGGUUGAAGAGAUGGUGCAGAACCACAUGACUUAUUCAUUACAGGAUGUAGGAGGAGAUGCCAAUUGGCAGUUGGUUGUAGAAGAAGGAGAAAUGAAGGUAUACAGAAGAGAAGUAGAAGAAAACGGGAUUGUUUUGGACCCUUUAAAAGCUACCCAUGCAGUGAAAGGUGUUACAGGACAUGAGGUCUGCAAUUACUUCUGGAAUGUUGAUGUUCGCAAUGACUGGGAAACAACUAUAGAAAACUUUCAUGUGGUGGAAACAUUGGCUGAUAAUGCAAUCAUCAUUUAUCAAACGCACAAGAGAGUGUGGCCUGCUUCUCAGCGAGAUGUAUUAUAUCUUUCUGCCAUUCGAAAGAUAGCAGCCUUGACUGAAAAUGACCCUGAAACUUGGAUAGUUUGUAAUUUUUCUGUGGAUCAUGACAGUGCUCCUCUAAACAAUCGGUGUGUCCGUGCCAAAAUAAAUGUUGCUAUGAUCUGUCAAACCUUGUGACUGAAGCAAGGCUGUGUAAUAUUCCAUGUUGGAGAAAAAAAGGAAAAAAAAUUGAAUGCUCUAAGCUGGAACAUAGGAUCUAUAGCCUUGUCUAUGGUCCAAGACCUUGGCCCUGUGUACAAAAGUGAAGAAAUAUUCCAACAGCAAAGCUAAACAUCUAACACUAGCUGUUUCCUGCUAGAUCUCCUCGCUCAGUGCAUAACUAUAAAUACAUGUACAAUUACAUGUAUAUGGCUAUAUUUUUAUUUGCUUGCUCCUAGAAGAGAAAAAACAUCAAGGUUGAAUCACAACUAGAAAGUGAUGCUUUACUUUUGGAAACUUUUUGAGAAUUUUUAAUUUACCAUAGUCUGGCCUAAGAUCCUCGGUUAUAUCGGGUUUUGUGCACAAAAGAAAAGCACAGAAGUUGAAUGCACAUGGGGCAUGUGCUUUCUGUGCACCAACUAUCUGGAUGAGGUUCUUUUUUCAGGUCUUCGGUCAAAUCUGUGUCCAGAAUUUUUUGACUUUUUUGCUUUGUAUAAUCAUAGAAUUCAUUGCUGCUGGUUUCUGUAAUGAUUCAUGUUGUCAUAUAAGUGUCUCUUGAUAACUGAGGGCUGUCAAUAACCUGUGAUUUCACCUUUUCUAGAGUCUUACUCCCAUGAAGAACCUUGGUUCUGAUGGAGAGAGAGUGAAAAGCUUUAUUUCUUCCACUCCCCCUAUCUUUAUAUUUCUAUUAUAUUUUUUAGUUCUUUACUGUGUGCUACAGAUUUUUCUCAGUUUGUUACAAACACAGUUUGGUAAUUACUAAAUUGGUUCUGCCUGCCUCCAAACAAAAACACUGUACAAAUCUUGUUGGGUAUAGACUGCUUUCUGGAAAAUGGUCAGGAAAAACGAGCUCAUGUUUUCGUGAAAUUUCCAAGUGAAUAUACUGCAUUACUUGUUAAAGCAAAUCAGACUGAGUUUAACAUUUGAUUCAAAAUUUCUAGUAUUCAGUUAUAAGUGUGUUAAUUCUUCUAGUUUGGGUUGGUUUAAAUGAUACGUUGCAAAGUAUACAUGGAAAAUGUGAGCAGUGCUUCAAUUUGCCUCUAGUUCACAAACUUCAGCAGACCAGUAAAGGAUUUCACGAUUCAAGCUAAAAUGCUUUUCUUAUUUGCUAUAAGAACUUAAAAUGUAAAAUACCUUUUUCAUUCUUACUCCUUUGUGAAAAACAUUGAAGCAUGGAGUUGAGGCCAGGAAUAGAACUCGCUGAAGUCAAAAUGACUGCCCACUCAAAGUCUUCAUUGUGUUUACACACAAACAUAUUUAUAUAAACCAGAGGCAUUUUGUAGGUGCUUUGCUGACUCUGUAGAAACACAGAAAUCAGACCCAUUUUGUAAAGUAGAAAGUCAUGUCAUGUAGAACAUGUCCUGUAUAUAUGCCAUACAUGGUAAUGGUGUCUUAAUGAUAAAUGCAAGAUGAUAAUUUAAUGAUGGGAUUAGUCUGAUCACUUAAAUAUGCACAAUCCUGGAGGUGAAUUACUUGCAUCAAAUAUAGUGAUAUUUAUUAUUCUGUACAGAGAGGAAAAUACAUAUAAAACAUAUGCUUACAUUACAUGCACGCAGAUUUCACGCUCCCUAAAUCUUUUCUAUUUUUUAAUUUACCUUUCUCUAAGUGAUGUGCAUGGAAUAUGCCUUAUUAAAGAAAAAUGCUGUUCAUAAUUAGACUAUGUGGAAAAGUGCCUAUGGUGGUAAUGCUAGUAAGGCAAAUAAGAUGAAUUAUCAUACAGGUUUACUACAUCACCAGUUAACAUUUUAUAUCGUGAUGUUUAAAAAAGAAAAGUUUAUACCUCAAAUGUGUAUUUUAUUUUACAAUCAGCUUGGGGUAUGGGGUUGGGAUGGGAGAAUGGGAGGGUUGGGGAGGGAAGGUCUAUUCACCAUACCACGGAUGGGAGUCUUCAGAAAAAUUAUUUAUGCCCACUAUAAAUGUUUUUCUGUGUGCUGUUUCUGGUAACUGUCAUGAACACAGACAAGUAACUCUUUCGUAACUAAAUUGGAUAGCUUUAUUUUACAAAGGUAUGGAAAGUUUACAAAGCAGUAUCUAAAUCUAAUGAUCAUAAGUUGUGUUUGAGCUAAAUGUGAUUAUAUACUUUUACAAUUUACUCUGUAAAUAAAAUGAUUACACUAAAAUAUUUGUACUAAAAAAAGGAAGACAAGAAAAGAUACGUUGUACCUUUAGGUAACUCCACUGGUUCUUCAUGAGAGUUAAUUCUGCCCAAUCAGAUUUAGAAGUGAGCUGGGGAAAUGCAGCAUUCAAGAGGUCAGGAUUCGGAGAGGUACUGACCUUCUAGACAAGACUCCGACCCUCGAGAAUGGUUUUCGUCAGGGCGGUUCCUGCAUGCCGAGUACGUACGACGUUCUCUCACCCCCCAGUAUUUCUCUUCCCUCAGACCUCCCCCCCAGCAGGCCCUUUUGCUCCCUCUUCGACUCACUGACUCGAGUGCGGUGUUAGGAGCUUGAGAGGCUCUGCUGAUGGGGGUUGCCCCGAGUGCCCGCUGCAGGACAGUACUGCACGGUGUUUCAGCUGCAGUUCAGGAGGUAGGCGAUGACCACCGCAGCACUCGGUCUGGAACUGCCACAGAGGCAGCCAGACCCAGGAGCUGUCUGCAGGGGUUAUGAGGGGGCAAGGCGAAGCGAGGAGGAAUGGGCUCCCGUCCGUUCGUCUCACCCGCUGGUCUGUACACCUACGCGGCAUCAGUGUCGGUGCCGUUGAGAAAUCUUCUGUGGGGCCGAGCCGCUUCUCUUGCGGCGUUGUGCUGGCUCUCCUUAAGCGUAUCAGGUGUUCGUCCGGGUAAACGCUUUCCGCCAGGAUUAGUCCGAGCUGUAAAGAUGAUGUGUUUGAAUUUUGUCAUUGUUCAUCUACAUACUCAGCAUAAUCGCUUUGAAGUACCUUGGGGUGUGUAGAGUGUAGCUAUUCUGUAAUAGCUUUAUGAUCCUGGUGUUCUUUUUAAAUAAUAAGGUUGGAUCUUCCAUGUUGCAAUCACAAAUUAAAACCAGUAUUUAAAGUGGAAAAGUAUUAAACUAUUAUGGAUAAA